AUGGGUGCUUCCCAGUCUAAAACAGAUGCCGCUGCGCCAAAAGUUAUUCACAGCGGAACACCCGUAGAGUUCUCUCAGGAUGUAGUGGACUAUCUCUCAGACCGUGUGGCAUCACCCGAGACGACACCAGAGCGACAAUCCGCCCUGGACAACCACAUACGAUCACGCAUCCGAGCCGAGAUACAGACACUUCGUGCGGAGGAGGAGAAAGUGCAGCAGGAAAUUCAGCGGGUUCUGGAGAGAGAAAACCUCGACCGUGAGAUUGACUCGGUUUCGGGAGAUGGCGGCGGCGUUGCUCAGGGUGAAGGCGAAGCGCCGCCGAAGAACAGUGCGACGCUCAUUGGUGAUUUGGAGGAGAUUAGGGCGAAAGUGGAUAGAUACCAAGCGCGACGUCAGCUCGGAGACUUUCCCUCGGUGAAGGAGGCAGGUGAAGCGGUCGUAUCGUGUUAUAGGUCGAACGAAUCGACACCCUUGGAAUGUUGGAAACAGGUUGCUCUGUUCAAGGCAGCUGUGGCCGAUGCUGAAACGGUAAGUGAUGAAGGUCAACGAGUUCUCUGUCAUCACUUAAAUUUUUAUGAACCUCGAAACAGCAAUAUUUAG